UGCGAACUGUAGAGGUUGCCGUCAGCAGACUGUUCCCUUUUAUCUCGACAGAAUAAUCGCACCACUGUGAGAGACUCCGUCCUUCUCGAGGCGCGUCAGUCCAGCGAGUAGCAUCGCACAUCGGCCUAGCAUCGGCCAAGGCGCAGGCGGCGGUCCAUCUGUCUGUGUGUGCGCGUGAGUAUGUCGGUCUCGCCGUCGGCUCGGCUCAAUCGUCUCCUCGACGGCGACGAUGGGGCGGAAGACACUGAGAUGACUGAAGGUACGACGUCGGUAGUCGCUAGGACUCACGUGUGUUGGCUGGUGCAUCUCUCGGUGCUGUGGUGUGGUGUGCCGACUGUCAGGUGAGAAUGAGGCGCUGGAGAAGCAGGAGGAGGAGGCAGAGAGCCACCCGGUGAAGUACGAGAACUUCGACGACCGCACGCUCGCCGUCCUCAACUCACUCAACAGAGAAAACAUAUUCAAAGGCACGGCAGGAGGCACACGAACCACACGAACCACACGAACCACACGACACACAGACACCCACACAUCGUGUCUGUCUUUCCUUCCUCCCUCUCAGUGCUGGAUGGCGUGGUGGGGGGCGAGCAGGGCAAGGCGGUCCUCGCACAGACCCUCAAAGACGUGGCGGGAGACCUGCUGCAGCAAUACGAACGGGUCAGUCCAGUCAGCACCUCACCUGAGCUCAUCUGACCUGAGCCAAUCCCACCUGAGGAUGACGAUACAAUAUAUCUCUUGAUUGAUCUAUAACCAGGCAUCGGCCGAGCAGUACAACACGCUGGAGACCGGCGGGACUGGCGGCGCCUCGGCGUCUGCGUCUGCCAUGGUCAACAGGCAGCCGUCGUCGUCGGACAAAAUGGACGUGUCGGUGGAGCCCUCAGAGAGCGGCGAUAAGGACGGCGGCCGACACGAGGAGGCGGACGAAGAAGUCGAUGGGCUCGAGGGAGAAAGUCAGUCAGCGAGAUAGAUUACCCAUAGUGUCUGUGUGUGUGGUGGGUGGACGGAAGUGUGUGUGUGUGUGUGUGCAGCUGAGUUGGAGCAGAAGUUCCGCAAGGAUCCCAACAUCUUCAUGAGGAAGGCGAGAUACGUGCCGCUCAGACUCACAUACGACGGUAUGUGCGGUGUGCAGCGGACGGACGGACACCAUGCCGUCCGCAAACACACAGCUGCUCUGGGGCCAUGUGUAUCAUCACGGGUGUGUAUCAUCGCGCGCGCGUGUGUGUGUGUGUGUGCAGAGCGUAGUCUGUUGCGUCUGUUGGAGAGUGCCUUAGAGGUGUCCGAGUACACUGACAAAGUCGACGUCUUCACCGGCGGCAACAAAGCCAGACUGUACCCCAACACACACACACACACCACCACCACCAUGGCCUCACUCGUUGAUGGCUUCAUGUGUGCGUGUUGUGUCUGUCAUGUGCAGCAUGGCGGUCCAGAUCCGUCAGAUCUGCUCCAUCCUGUGUGGGCUGGUGGUGGCGCACAACUACGAGAUCGGCCAGGCGCUCAUCAAAGACAGAGAAUUCGCCGACAACGCCGUAAGAACGAACAACAAGACGAAAUGCCACAGCCACCGGCCACCGACAGACUGUGUGUAUGUGUGUGUGUGUGUGUGUGAUGGAUCCCUUCCCUUCAACAUCAGGAUUUUUUCAAGAUAGUGUUUGAGAUCGGCCGGCGUUACAAGAUCCUCAAUCCAGAGAGGAUGCGCGGAUCCUACGGCAAGCUGCUCUUCCUACUACAGGACAGGUGGGUGCCGACGCCAAACAGCCAAAACAACCAGCCGCUGGAUGUUCCCACGUCUGUGUGUGUGGUGUGUGGUGUCUGGUGUCUGCAGUGUGAAGCCUGACGUGCGCGAGCUGCUGGGGUUUUCGCCGGUGGCUGACGAGGUGGUCACCGUCUACAAGGUGGGUGUGUGUGGUGUGGUGGGUAUGGUCACCUCACACGGACAUGCACGGAUGGAUGGAUGUGCAGGUGUUGGAGCACAAGAAGAAUGGCCUGGCGCUGCUCAAGGACCCGCUGCUGUGCAAGGCUACCAUGGGUGGGUCUGCCUGCAGUGGAUGGAGUGGCCACACAAGGACGGCAGCCAGCCAGCCAGCCAGCCAAGACGUGCCGGCGAAAGGAUAUGAUCCCAUGUGUCCCUUUCUCUCCUCUCUGUUGCCUUGAUUCAGAGAUCCUGCCCGAGGGCAAGUCACGCGCACAGAUCCAGAGGGAGAUAAGAACCAAAGAGGUGCGUGCGCAGGAAGACAGACAGCCGCCAUGACAUGACCACGUCCAAUGACGAAAUUGUGUGUGUGUGUGUGUGUGUGUGCGUGUUGUCUCUGUGUCCAGGACGCCCAGAAGGCGCUGAUCCGCAAGUACGCCUCGCGCAACGUCACGAGACAGGCCCAGAGGGGCGGCAGGUUCUUCACUCUCAGCCUAGGUACACAAACCGACCACCGGCACACGGCGCACACACAAACCACUGGCGCAUCCGUGUGUGUGUGUGUAUGUGUGUGUGUAGGGUUAUUUGAAGUGACCAAGGGGACGCACCCGGGCGGUUCUGACACGGACAGCGACGAUGAGGACAAAGACAGAAAUGCACCGCUCCUGCCUGAUGACAUCGAACAGGUGCGCUGCGCAUCGGCAGCCAUCCAUCCAUCCAUCUGUGUGUGUGUGGUAUAUGUGUGUGUGUGUAGUGCAUCUACUCGUUGGGCGACCACAACAGCCACCUGCGGUUCAACCGCUACCCCUGCGACAAGAUGAUCAAAUACCUCAAGGACCACUUCAGCCCUGACGAAUAUGUCAGACACACACACAGACAGACAGACAGGAACUCGCCCACCUUAUCCACCGGUCGAUGGACCAUGCAUGUGUGUGUGCGUGUGUGUGUGUGUGUAGGAGGAUCACUAUUCCCUGGCCAUCUCAGCCGGCCGUGGCGGCGCGCGCCUCUCCCACUCGCACAAGCGGCAGUACACCUACGUCCUGCAGUCGCUCGAGCUGUGGAGAGACGUCCUGCACUUCGUAAUUAAUAACCAGCCACCCCUCAGACACACACACCACGGCCCCUGGGCAUCAUCCAUCCAUCAAUUCAGCCCCUCCCUGUGUGUGCGUGAGUGUGUGUGCAGCUGUUUGAGUUGUGGCAUCGCACCGAGAAGGAUUUGCUGAACCCCAAUAACCCCUACAGGCUGCGCGACACCGGCCAGGGGCUCAACAGAGUCCAGAGCGCACCGAACGUGUCAGACGCCGUUCACAGGAUCAUCAAGUAUGUAGGCCAAGCAGCUGUCAGCUGCCCUUGGCUGCCUGCGUACGCUCUGUGUGUGUUUGUGUGUGUGUGUGUGCAGUCGUGUGCAGAAUCGUGUUGGCGGUUGGGUGGGGUCGUCAGUGGUGCACCUGGGCGACCACAACGUUCCCAACGCCCUCGUGUUUAUCGACAAGUACAUCCAGGUGCGUCCCUCAGUAUAAGCGACCACACACACACACACACACAGCAAACACGCGUGUGUCUGUGCUGUGUGGUGUGUAUCGUGUCAGGUGCCGCGCAUCCUGAGCCCGGUGGUGCUGUGCCUCGACAAAAUCGACGAAGUCUACACGCAGCAAGACGGUAGGUACGGUACCCACAUCAAGUCAAGGGCAGCACACACGCGCCAGCCAUCACGCCACCGUUGAUGCGGUGUGGUGUGUGUGUGUCUCGGAUGAGUGCAGGUCUGAAGAGCUACAUCGACUCGACCUUCGGCGGCCCCACCAAGCUCAAGAAGCUCAUCCUCUGCGACUUCUUCAGACACGCAUUCGACGGCAGCGGAGCCGACAACUUCUUCGACGCAGGUCGGUCAGGCGCCCUCUCCCCCUUACUCGUUGUCCCCUGUCCCUCAUCAAGGCGCAUGUGUGGCUGGGCGUGUGUGUGUGCGUGUGUGUGUGUGUGUAUGUGUGUCAGGUUCGUGCAUCGACGGACGGCUGACGUCGGCAUGGAACUGGUGUUCGAAGGUCGAGAAGAAGUCCUACUUCCCCGUGUUCCUGCUCACGGGCUUCACGGGAUUCGACGGACGAUUCUGAAGCCACACACUUAUCGGUGUGUGUGGGGGGC